ACAAAAAAAGAGCCCUGAGUAACUGCAAAUGCAGGAACAUUUUAACACUCCAGGGUAAAGAAUCUAUACCAGCAUGUCUGCCUACUACAGGAAUAACGGGUAUGAGGAAGAUCCAGAAUACUCUGACUCUUCAAGGUCUCGGAACUAUACGCAAGGGUAUUUGAAAACUCGGGAUUAUUCAGAUUCUCCAGGUCCUCUGAACAACUCAGAUUACCCCAGCACCAGGAGGAACCCAUACUCUGAAGACUCCAGAACAAGUCCAGACUAUCCUGGGUUUCUAGCAGAACCAGAUUAUCCUGGAUCUCAGAGUGAUCCAGACUAUCCUCGCAUCAGGAGCAACCCAUACUCUGAAGACUCCAGAAGAAGUUCAGACUAUCCCAAAUCUCUAGCAGAGCCGGAUUAUAUUGGAUCUGGGAGCAAUCCAUACCGUCCAGGCUCAUCCAGAGAGCCAGACUACUCUGAAUCUCAACGAAGUCCUGACUUUGCAGGUUCCAGAAGCAGUGGAAACUAUGCACGAUCCAGAACAAAUCCUGAUUUUCUUGACCCCAUGGGAGAACCAGACUACCCUGGAGCUCAGAGAAACUCUCACCAUCCUGGCCUCAGAGCCAAUUCCAACCAUCCAGGCUCCAGAGGGAAUUCAGAAUAUGCUGGUUCCAGAAUCAGUCCAUAUAGAGACUCUCGGGAGCAGCCUGAUUAUCCAGGUGCUGAGAAUGAAGCUAACUCUCCAAACAUUUUUGGGGAACCAGACUACCCUGGCGCUGAGAACAAUCGGAACCCUUCAAACUUUUGGGGGGAGCCUGAUUACCCAGAUGCUGAGGAUGGUCCUGAUUAUGGCUCCUCUGAGACCCCAGAAAUGACUAGGGAGUUUCUCAGCAGAACAUCUUCAAUCCGGCCCUCAUUUCGUCAUGGGGAUGAUGGCCCCUUGGGCAUCCUUGAGAGAGAGAAUGAAGGUUACCCUGGAAGCAUUGAAAUGAAUUCCAUGGAGAUGGCAAAUCCAUAUGGCCGCUCUGUGCCAGGUGCUCCUGGAACUGGCUAUGUGAACCCUGCAUUUGUGGGGGAAAGUAGCCUCGGCCCAGCUUAUGGAGACCCACCCUUGUCUGGAUAUGAUUGGCACAAGUCACCUGAAGGACAAAAGUUAAUUGCAUCUCUGAUACCCAUGACAUCUAGAGACAGAAUUAAAGCCAUCAGGAAUCAGCCAAGGACCAUGGAAGAGAAAAGGAACCUUAGGACAGUGGUGGACAGAGAGAAAAGCAAGCAGCCCCGUGGCCUCCUGGAGCUCCGCUGCUGCGCGCGGUGUCUGAACUCCGUUUCCCUGGCGUACCGGAGAUCCAAGAACAGCCUGUCGGAACUGCUCAAUUCCGUCAGCCCGUGGCAGAAGACGCUCAAGGUCAUCGGGGGCAAGUUCGGAACCAGCGUCCUCUCCUACUUCAACUUUCUGAGGUGGCUUUUGAAGUUCAACAUUUUCUCGUUCAUCGUGACCUUCAGCUUCCUCAUAAUCCCUCAGUUGACCAUGGCUGAAAAGAACACCCUCCAGUUCACCGGGUGGGAGCUUCUCACUGGGGCGGGUUACUUUAGGGACACGGUGAUGUACUACGGCUUCUACACCAAUUCCACCAUCCGGCACGGGCCCAGCGGGGCGUCCUACAACAUGCAGCUGGCCUACAUCUUCACCAUUGGGGCGUGUCUCAUCGUCUGCUUCUUCAGUUUGCUGUUCAGCAUGGCCAGGUAUUUCCGGAACAAUUUCAUUAACCCGCACAUCUACUCCAGAGGGAUCGCUAAACUUAUCUUUUGCUGGGACUUCACCGUCACUCAUGAAAAGGCUGUAAAGCUGAGACAGAAGAAUCUUAGCACUGAGAUAAGGGAGAACCUCUCAGAAAUCCGUCAGGAGAGCAUCAAGUUAACGCUCCAUCAGUGGCUGCUCCGCUCAUCCGCCUACCUGGCAGCCUGGGUCGUCUCUACCGGAGUGGCCGUCGCCUGCUGUGUAGCCGUUUAUUACCUGGCUGACAACAACUUGCAGUUCCUGAAGAGCCACAGGAACGCCGGGGCGGUGCUGCUGCUGCCUUUGGUGGUGUCCUGCAUCAACCUGGCUGUCCCGCGCUUCUACUCUGCAUUCCGGCUGGUGGAGCACUACGAGGUGCCCAGGCACGAGGUCUACAUCCUCCUGAUCCGAAACAUCUUUCUGAAAAUAUCAAUCAUUGGAAUUCUUUGUUACUAUUGGCUCAACAUGGUGGCCCUGGCUGGUGAAGAGUGUUGGGAAACCUUCAUUGGUCAGGAAAUCUACCGACUCCUUCUGAUGGAUUUCGUGUUCUCCUUAGCUGAUUCCUUCCUGGGGGAGUUCCUGAGGAGAAUCAUUGGGAUGCGGUUUUUCACGAGUCUUGGCUUACAGGAGUUUGACAUUGCCAGGAACGUCCUAGAACUGAUCUACGCACAAACUCUGGUGUGGAUUGGGACCUUCUUCUGCCCUCUGCUGCCCUUUAUCCAAAUGAUUGCUCUUUUCAUCAUGUUUUACGUCAAAAAUAUCAGCCUGAUAGUGAAUUUCCAGCCUGCGAGCAAAGCCUGGCGGGCCUCACAGAUGAUGACUGUCUUCAUCUUCUUGCUCUUUUUCCCGUCCUUCGCUGGGGUCCUGUGCAUCCAGGCCAUCACCAUCUGGAGAUUGAAACCUUCAGCUGACUGUGGCCCAUUUCGAGGUCUGCCCCUCUUCAUUCAGGCCAUCUACAGCUGGAUUGACACCCUGAGUAAAAGGCCCAGCUACCUCUGGGUUGUCUGGAUCUACCGGCACCUCAUCGGAAGCGUGCACUUCUUUUUCAUCCUCACUCUCAUUGUGUUAAUCAUCACCUAUCUUUACUGGCAGAUCACAGAGGGAAGGAAGAUUAUGAUCAGACUGCUCCAUGAACAAAUCAUCAAUGAGGGCAAAGAUAAAAUGUUCCUGAUAGAAAAGUUGAUUAAGCUGCAGGAUGCGGAGAGGAGAGCAAGCCCCAGCUCGUUCACACAGGAAAGGAGAGACGUGGAGGUGAGGCCAGAGGCUGCCUGGGGAUCCCUGUGA